AUGGCUGGAAACGCGGUGAUCUCCCAUCCGGACAGCCCUCAAAGCGACUGCGAUUCAACGACGAACGAAACGCCCCCGCAACACAUUCAUCAGCCGUUGACACCACCUUCGUCCGAUGAACGGCGACCGAGGCAGGACGAGGCAAAGGUCCGACAGCUGCUCGACGCGGUCAAUAGUCAGGCGGGUCAUCAGCCAUUGAUUGGGAUCAAGGUAGCCCCGACGACGUACACACGAAUAUCUGAGAUAAUCGACCACAAGGUACGCCGACACGAUUACGAUCCGGAUCGCGAACUCCUUAUCAUUCGCAUGCCUUCCCCUACUCACGAGGUUUUCUCGAGAUCCCUUGCGAAACAUCUACAAGACCACCUCGACAGGAUCACCAGCAGAGAAGAUGAGGCCGGGCGUUUUGCGUCAGAUAUAGCGAGCGGUGGAACGGCGCGAAUCUUCUUACGGGAAGGAACCUCGGAAAGAGGAGAGUCAAGCCGUCCACUGCGUCGGCAACCCGACGAGCAGUUCCAACAUAAGGAUGCCACCUAUCCAGGUGUUGUCAUCGAAGUAUCGUACUCCCAAGAUGGCAGAGAUUUGCGACGUCUUGCUCAGGAUUACAUUUUGUACUCCAACGGGGAUAUCAAGCUCGUCAUUGGCAUUGAUAUCAAUGAAGAUAAGGAGUGCACAGUGUCAUCAUGGCGUCCGCAGUAUACUGGUGUGGUGAAUGACGUUGACGACCUACAAGUCGUCCAGGAGGUGGAACGCCGAGCCUUUCGCUCCCCAGAUAAAGAAGCCGUCAACUUGGAAGACCGCCUCGAAAUCAAUCUCAGUGAUUUCGCUACCGACGAAAUUUUUUGCGGUGAUGAGUCCGCGAAGCUCUAUAUACCGUUCUCACAAUUGGCUCAUUUUCUCACUCGAGCCGAAGAAGUGCAGGAAGCAAGGGAGCCUCGCCAAGGGCAACAAGGCAUCAAGUCGAGCCGGCAAACAAGGAAGCGCCCAUUAUCAUCUAGCUCUGCGGAGGAGCUUGUGUCCGGGGACGAAGCGAGGUUUUUGGACCUAGAGAGACGAACAGCAGAUCGAGCUGAAGCGAAUGAUGGUGACUUUACGAUGUUGGGGGCGAAACGAAGACUCUGA